AGCGCCAGCCGGCGCCGAACCGUUUUGACCUUGAGCCGGUAGUUGAGGCUGGAUUCGAGAGUCGAGUGUGCCACUAGGGACUACGGCCAAUACACAACUGGUCGUCGUAGUGUCGUCAGGCAGGCGCGGCGCCAAGCGAAGCCCCAGAGCCAAGCGCGACGAACUGCCGCAUUCAACGGGCUUGCCCUAGAAGAAGGGCUCCCGUGUUCCUCUGUUGUCAGUUGGUUGAGGACCGGAGGACGUACCGGACAGUGCGAAGUGUCAACAACUUCUGGCUCACUUUCUGACAGCGAACGCAGUAUGGCUAGCAACAAAUCUCGUUGGUGCCUGGCGCUGGCCGUCGUCGUCGCGCUGGUGCUCUGCCUCGGUGCGCCUGGCGUUGACUCCGCCCGCAUCCUGGUGGUCAUCGCCAUGCCCGCUCCCAGCCACCUGAUCGUGUUCACGGCUCUGACGCGCGCCCUCGCUGACCGGGGCCACCAAAUCACCCUGGUGUGCCCGUCCCCGAAGACCGACAAGCUUCUACCCACACACAACCAUCAUAUAGUGUCCGUUCAGAACUCCACCGUCAUGGACUUCAAGCUCAAGUCCGUCAAGAAGUUCAUGACGGGCGACAAGCAGGACCUCAUCUCGUCCAUGAUUUCGUUCUUUAACUGGGGCCCUCAGCUGGUCCGCGCCACCCUGCUGCACCCGAACUUUAAAGCUGAGGUGGACACACCCAACCAGAAGUUCGACCUGGUCAUCACGGAGGCCUUCUUCAUCCAGGAGGCCAUGAUAGCGCUCGGUCACAAGUUCAACGCCCCAGUUAUCGCCCUCAAUCCGUUCGGUGCGUCACCCCAGAUCAACCAAUUCAUGGGCAACUCCAUCAAUCCCGCGUGGGUCCCUAAUUUGUUCCUCGGUUUCGGUGGACAUUUAACCUUCAGCGAGCGCGUCAUCAACACUGUUGCGUCGACGGGCAUGGACCUCGUGUACAAGUUCCUGCAGUUUCCUCAGCAGCAGGCGCUUGUCUCGGAGCUCUUCCCCAGCGCACCCCCUCUGACGGAUUUGCUUCGCAACCAACUGGCUCUCGUCCUGGUCAACAACCACCACUCGCUGAGCUUCCCCGUGCCGAUGUCGCCCGGCGUCGUGGAGGUUGGCGGGAUGCACAUCACCAAGAAGCCCAAGCCCCUGCCCAAGGACCUCAAGGACCUGAUGGACGGCGCCAAGGACGGCGUCGUGUACUUCAGCAUGGGCUCCAACUUGGCGAUGGAGUACAUGCCCAAGCAGAAGACGGAGGCCAUCUUCGGCGCGCUGGGCUCUAUCAAGCAGCGCGUGCUUUUGAAGUGGGACGGCCCCGUCCCGGACACGGGCGUGCCCUCCAACAUCCACAUCAUCAAGUGGGCGCCUCAGUCCGACGUAUUAGCACACCCCAACCUGCGCGUGUUCGUGACCCACGGUGGGCUGCUCAGCACCCAGGAGGCCGUGUACCACGGCGUGCCCCUCGUCGGGAUCCCCGUGUUCGCCGACCAGGACUUCAACAUGCGGCUGGCCACCAGGAAGGGCUUCUGCGAGCAGGUCGACUUCGCCACCUUGACGCAGGAGGGGCUGAGCAGCGCUCUGCAGAAGGUGCUCGGCAGCCCCAGCUACAAGGAGGCCGCGUCCCUGUUGUCGCGCCUGUUCCGGUCCAAGCCCACCGAGCCCGCGGACCUGGCCGUGUUCUGGGUGGAGCACGUCCUGGAGCACGGCGGCGCACACCUGCGGCCCUCCAACGUGGACCUGUCGCUAUACCAGCUGCUGCUCGUCGACGUGAUCCUGGCCCUGCUGGUGCCACUCGUCCUCGCCAUCCUCAUUCUGCGCGCCAUAUUCAGGUGGUGCUGCUGUCGCUCAAAGAAGGGUUCGAGUGCGAGCGGACAGCCAUCCAAGGCAGCAAAGGCCAAGAAAACCAACUAGUCUGUACGGCAUUGCCGGCGUCCCUGAUCUGUUUUAAGUUAAGUUUUUCUACUCAAUUGUUAUAUUUGUUGUUUUUUUUCAUAAAAUACAGUAUUACAAUUUUUACACCUG